AUGUUGUUGUUGUUGUUGUUGUUUUAUUGGCAGGAGCCGCCGAUUCUUGUGGCGAUGGACUUCUCGGGGAAGUACGGAAAAAUAGUGGAAGACCCGAAGGAAGCCAAAGCGAUCACUGAGGGAAAAGGAAUGCUACCACAACCACAAUUACGUCCACCUGCCUCCAGGUUACAAGUUCACAAUUAUCCGAGAGUCGAUCCUUCUAGGUAUUUUAAUGAAGAUUGGUAUCACAUGACUAUUGGGAGGGAAAGUGCGGCUCGUCUUGUUAAGUUAGCUCGUAAAAAUGGCACAUUCCUCGUGAGAGAAAGUACAAGUAAUAAUGGAUACCAGUUUGUUUUAACCUACGUACACGAGGAUAAACCAGUACACACUCCAAUUGUAAACAACGGAACGACAAAGUUUUUAGACCUUGUUCAGCUGGUUAAUUUCUACCAACUGAACCAAGGCUCACUGCCAACAAGACUGACUUACUUUGUCUCGAAAAACGCAACAAAGUUAUCACCAACCAAGAACAACAGUGUGUCGACAGGAACAACGUCGCCGUUAUCCAAGAAUCGAAAUAGUCCACAAAAAAUAUCCGAAGAUCAAUCAGCCAUUUUGUCGCGACUGCCGCGAAGUUGA